UCGGAUGGCCAUAACCACAUGUGGGUAGGGCGCUGAGGUACUGAACCAAAGCCAAGUCAAAAUUAAAAUUAAAUUACAUCAAAGAGAUCAAGGGUAUUUCCGUGCUUUCAUACAAACCGCUUCGCGAAGUUGCCUAGGCCAUAAUUAUGUAGCAACGUUCAUAUUUCCAUUUAAUUUUAUACCAAAAAAAAAAAAUUGCACAUUAAAACAAAAAUUAUAUAUAAACAACAAAGAAAACGCAGCAGCUUACAGCCGAAACGAUAAUCAGACAUUGCAAAAAAAAAAAAAACAUAUUUUUCUUUGUUUUUGAGCUCUGUCUUCCUCCCAGGGAUUAAUGGUUGGGUAUUUCUUGUAUGUUUUCUGGUGCAAGAACAGAUGGUAAGGGGAGGGAAGGUUGGUGGUAUAAGCAAUUUUAAGAACAGGAUCAGAUCGAAAGAUGACGGUUCGGAUGAUUCAGAUGAAGAUUAUGUAGUUUCAGAGGAAGGAAAUGAAGAAUCUGAUGAUGAUGCAGAAGAUUAUUGUUCUUCCUUAUAUGAAUGUGCCUCAGAAGAGGGUUCUGGGAGUUUUGCCAAUGAGGAGGAGGAAGAGAAAGAGAUGAGAAAUGUUGUUAUGUUGAAAGCAAAACAUAUGUCUUCAGCAAGGGAGAGGAAUAUUUUGGAUAGAAAAUUGCGAAAGCUUAAAAGUGUAUCAGAUGAAGAAGAGGAAGAUGAAGAUUAUGAGGAGGAGUUGGAGGGAAAUGAACAAUCUGAUGAUGAUGCAGAAGAUUAUUGUUCUUCCUUAGAAGAAUCGGGAUCGGAAGAGGGUUUUGGGAGUAAUGAGGAGGAUGAGGAGGAGGAAGAGAAAGAGCUGAAAAAGGUUGUUAGGUUGAAAGCAAGGCAGAUGUCUUCAGCAAGAGAGAGGAAGAUUGUAGAUAGAAAAUCUCGAAAGCGAAAAAGUGUAUCAGAUGAAGAGGAUGAAGAUGAGGAUUAUGAGGAGGAGGAAGAUGAUGAUGAGGAAUUCACUCCAGAUCAGGAAGAUAGUUUGGAUGAGGAAGAGGAAUUAACGAUGAAAAAGAAGAAAAACAAUAUGAAAGUUACCAAGCGAGGUUUGUGGAAACGGGGUUCUUCUAAACAUAAAAAGAGGAAGAAGUCUGCGGUUUCUAAGAAGCCUUUGAGAAAACGAGGAAGGAAGAAAUGUGGGUUGAAAAGGAAAAAGAGGGCUGAAGAAGAAGAUGAUGAUUGUGAUUUUAUAGAUAACACUCAAAUUGUGAGAAAAAAGAGCAGAACUAAUGCAGGACAAAGAAAGAAGGCAUAUGUUGUAGCAUCAGAUUCAGAUUUUGUGUCAUCUGGAUCAUCUGAUUAUGAGUAUACCAUCUCAGAGGAAGAGAGAGAGCAAGUGAAAGAAGCCAACCAAUCAUGUGGAAGUUUAAAAACUAGUUUGAGGAGUUCAUCAUCCUCAAAGAGAAGUCAGGAGUUUGAGGAGUUAGGCCAGCAAAUGAAACCUACAGAAAGAAAGGGUAAGGAGAAGGUUGAGGAAACAAAGGCUGAAGUAAUAAAGCAGGUUUGUGGCAUUUGUCUCUCUGAGGAAGAUAAGCGAAGAUUGAGGGGCACACUGAACUGUUGCAGUCAUUAUUUUUGUUUCACCUGCAUUAUGGAGUGGUCAAAAGUGGAAUCUCGUUGCCCAUUGUGCAAGCAAAGGUUUGAAACAAUCAGUAAGCAGGCAAGAUCAAUGGCAGGAGUUGAUUUGAGAGAUGUAGUGAUCCAAGUGCCUAAGCGUGAUCAGGUCUACCAACCAUCUGAGGAAGAACUCAGAAGCUAUCUUGAUCCGUAUGAGAAUGUUAUUUGUUUUGAAUGCCACCAAGGUGGAGAUGAUGCACUCAUGCUACUAUGUGAUCUUUGUGAUUCAUCAGCACACACCUAUUGCGUUGGUCUUGGGCGAGAAGUACCUGAAGGUAAUUGGUACUGCUACGGUUGCAGACCUGUUGCUUUGGGGUCCUCUAGUUCCCAAGUUCAAGAUUCUUUGCCUGAUCAAAGGACAAUUAACAAUUUGUACAAUAGAUUGUCACCCAUUGUAAAUUUAGGAGAAAGUUUAGACUCCAUCAUAGGUCCUUCACCUCGUAUGCCUUCAACUCCUGGUUUUGUGGGUCUUUCAUCUCCUAGAUUUCCUUUUGGAGAUAGCCCUGCUGUUUCUCCAGUAUCUGGUGUGGGAGCUCCAACUCUGACAGGAAGGCGAUGGUUGCACCGCCAGAUUCAAAAUCUUCGUUCGAUCAAUAGGAUGAAUCUUAUGACUGGUAGGACUGAUGGGAUAUCAACUGCCAAUAUGGACAUUGAUUUUGUAAACUCUCACAUUGAUCAGAGUAGGGAAACAACAGUUCAACAAGCUAGGACACAAGAUAUGGGAACUCAGCAUCAAACAGUGUUUGAGCUUAGGUUACAGGAUGAUCCCUCUUCUUCACUGCGAAGUAGGGACUUCUUUUCUUCAAGGCUGGGCCAUUUAAGAAGGCAAGCGGUUCGGGAUUCAACUACCCCAACGUUCAAUACAUCUAUCAAUUUGAUGUUAUGGCCUGAACUUGCUGGUAUCAGUUCAAAUGAGCAACUCCGACGGUGCAGCAAUGGAUCAAACAUUGGACCUGAUGGUUGUGGUUUGCCUUUUUCUGUUAGAGAUGAGGGAAAUUUUUCGAUGGCCAAGGAACAAUUGCAAGCAAUGGUUAGAAGCCAUUUGAAAGACUUGUCCAAUAAUAUUGAUUUAGACAAUGGUACUUUCAAGGACAUUGCAACAAGUUCCAUGCAUACCUUAUUAGCUGCUUGUGGGCUUGAGCAUAGGAGAAGUGAGGUUCAUCUUGUGCCUGCGCCAUCAAAUUGUGCACACAUUGAAAGAGUGGCAGCUGGGCACGUGAGCUUAUUGAAAGGUUGUUGCUUAACUUGUUUUGAUUCUUUUGUAAAAGAUGUAGUGAAGAGGAUCAUGGAUACAAGAUCCCCGCAGUGGUUAAGUUUAGGUCUUUAGAUCUUUAAUGUAGUGAAUGUAUCUUUCUGCAUACUCUUUUUUUUUUUUUUGGUUAGGAAUUAGAAACAAAUUUUUAGGAAACCAUUUUUUAAGUUGAUUUAUACUUACAAUGCACAGACAUUGAGCUCAUCGUCUUUUCUUUCUUCUCCUCCUUGUCAAAGUCAAUUUUCUGCUACUCAAUACUGAUUGCUUUUACUACUGCUAAAGUUUUUCUUCCUCAUUUGUUCCCAUCAUCUUUCCUUUCUUUCUCCUUCAUGUCUCUUCUCUGAUAAAAAAAAAGUGUGAAUAAUUUGUCCUUUUGAUAUUGCAUCUAGUUUAUGCUCAAAAGUAUGGCAGUGGUGCUACAGCUGCGAUAACCAACAGAGAGAGCCAUUUAUGGAUAACAAUUAAGGUCCAAAGGCAUGUGAAAAGUAUAACUUUGAUGGACAAUUUUCAGACACUGAUUUAACUUGCAAUGUUAGUUGGACAUAAAAUAAUGAUAUACCUUGUUAGAUGAAAAAAUAUAUACAUGCACGUGGUAUUUAAAUUUUCGAAAAUGUGGUUGUGCUUUUUAGGCAAUACGAAGGGAGCUUAACUCUUAACAAAAAUGCACCAUAUCAUGCUUUUGGCAUGUUGUCCUUCUCUCCAUGAAACUCAUGCCUUUGAUUUAUUGAGAUGAUUAUGUGCAAAUAG